AUGGCUCAUGUUCAUGUUGCAUAUUGGAAAUAUCUAGCUCGACCACCAUUACCAAAUUAUCCAAUGCAACAUCAACCUCCAAUUAGAAAUCGAAAUAAUGCACCAAGACAUUUACCUAUUUUACAUGCACCAACAUUUCCCGAGAUAUAUAAUUUCUAUGAAGAAGAAGAAGAAGAGCAACAACAAUAUGUAGAAACACCAUUCCAGUAUCCAGUAGGUUUUAUUCCAGAUGAACAUAGCAGAUUAAAACACCAAUUAUCAAUGCGAGCUCCAGCUUUUAUGCCAUUACAAAAUUAUUAUAAACUAUCAUUCACACGUUCAUCGAAUCGAUAUUUCCAAUCUGAAUAUUCAUUAUAA